CGCUCAAUCAUUAUUCAUACAUCUCGGAAUUUAAUCGAUCAGGUCAGUCAAUCUGAUGGACGGCUAGUUUCAUCUAUGAACGUAUCGGCCUUUUAUCUGAUUCCUGAUUGGAGAAUAAUUCUAAAUUUUACAGACUCAGCCUCGCUCUCCAAAGUUAAUUCCAAAUCGGAUUGAGGCACAGUCAACCAUCUGCAGGAACCACGUUGUCGGUACCAUCCGAGAGCGGACAUAUUCCACCACGCGAUCGCGCCUAGUAUCCUGGUGUCUGUGGAGAAGCUUAUUGCCUUCAGCUACCCUCGUCAAGCCACACUCAACUUCCCACUACAAGAAGGCUCAUCACAUUAACCAUUCAUCAUGACCAACGCCCCAGGAUCAGAUCGGACCUUGUUAGACAGGCUAAACGCCCUUAAACCCAGCGCCGUUAACUUGGACCCACCAUCAAAGACAAUUGCAGCGUCUACUCUGGAACCGGCCAAACCUCUAUCGAGAGAAGACGCUCUCUCGGAGAGGCUAAAGAGCUUACGAAACCAAUCUAGUAACAAUGUCCAUACUACUAGUGACUCAGGGGUGGGAGACGGAAGUAGCAAGAAUACCACUUCAUCUAGUUCACUACAACCACAGCCACAGCUUAACUCCAAAGGCCUGGAUAUGAAAAUAAACACACCAGAUGUCCCUUCGAAGGAAGAUAAGACUAGCGAAGUCGACGAUAGACUCGAGGAACUUCUCUUUUGGGAAACUUACGAUUCUGAAGAGGAACAAGCGUGGAUCAAGGAGUUGUUAGCUGCAAAUGGGUAUCGUGGGCCCACUUACUAUGAAGGCAGCGACGAUGACUCUGAUGGUGAAUAUACGACUCACAAGGCUAACGAAAUCCUCGCUCAAGCCGCCGACGAGGUAGAUUUGCAAAAAAACAACGAGGUCCUUUCUUGGCUAGAUUCAACACCAACAUCUAAGGACACACAUCAGACCCAUGAUGAGAAACCAGGUGAAACCACAACACCCAAAGACACACCCCCCUUCAACCUCCCCACCGUGCCCUCCUCCCUCCAAGACCAACCCACACUCCCACCCCUCUCCCCCUCCCAAGCCGACGACCCCUCCUCCCCCUCCGACGCCGACUUCGCCGCCUCAAUCAACACCCGCAUGGCGGCCCUCCGCCUCGCGACCCCACCACGGACUCUCCCCUCCGCACCCACCACAGCCGUCGACGCCUUCGGGCUUCCCACGGCCCCAACCUUCGCCCCCGCCGACCGGCCGGUCCCAGGCCUGAUCAAACGCCACGGGUACACCGACGCAGACCAGAAGACGUGGUGCACGGUGUGUCUAGAAGACGGAACGGUGCGGUGUCUCGGCUGCGACGGCGACGUCUACUGCGCCCGCUGCUGGCGCGAGAUGCACGUCGGUCCGAGCGCUGGGUACGAUGAGCGCGGACAUCGGUGGGAGAAGUUUAAUAGGGAUGGGAAGACGGGGUGAGGCAUUUUGGUUUAGGGAGAGGUGUGGCGGUGAUGAUGAUGAUGAUGCUGAUGAUGAUGAUGACGUGAUUUGAUUGGGUAAUUAACGGGAUUUCAUGGCGCUUUGCGUAUGUUGGUAUGCUGGAUGUUGGAUGGUAUUAUCCUUUCUGUAGUCUGUGAUGACCAACACCGAACCGCCUAAGACUUUCGCGAUCGAAAGUUUGAGGUCCUAUACACACCGAUUUCCUAUCCCUAGUGUAACAUUGUUGGAUUACCGAUCUUCAGCUGUAUAUCGUAAGAUGCGGGUUUCCCAAUUUCCACUUCAAAUAAGUGGCAUGACAUGGCUUCGUCGCUGCUUACCUGCCCACUCGGGCAGAGGCGAUGGUUCUUGGCAUCAGCCAGCUAAGCUGCGCUGCGCUGUCAGGAAAUCUGCCUUGACGUCGCGAAU